CCGUGCAUUGAUAUUUGAGCAGUCAUUUUUAUGUAGGACCGUGCCCGAGCAUUGUGAUAGAAUAUUGUGCCAUCAUUUCUUGAACCUACAAUCAUCUUAAAAUGUCUACUUGUGCCUUCGCUAGUUCGAUGCUGCUCCUGAGUGUACUUCUAGUCGGACUUUGUCUGGCUCAUCCAAUCAGCAACCAGGAAACCCAAGGAUCAUACUUAGACGGACCAGCAUGUACCAUUGGACCGUUGGGAAUGGAGAGUGGGGCGAUCCCUGAUGGGAGUAUUACUGCAUCAUCAUCCUAUGAUUCGGUGUCACAUGUUCCUCAAAAAGCUCGACUCAAUGAAGGCAACCACUGGUGGAUACCAACUGUAGCGGAUGUAGCAGACUCUUGGAUUCAAGUUGAUCUAGGACUGCCAGGCCCAGUUGUUACUGGACUGAUAGUACAGGGUCAUCCAGGAGCCUCCAUGCAAACCUUCAGCGUAAAGUACAGUUCAACGGGAGAAUCUGAAAGCUGGCAUAACUUGGAGAAUGCAGACGGAGAUACCAUACGGUUUAACGGGAAUGUGGAUGGUGGUGAACGAGUAACUGUCAACCUCCCUGAGAUAUUGAGGACCAGAUUCCUUCGAAUAAUGACACUCACUUGGACUAAUUCCUAUCCUUAUUUUACCUUUGAAGUUCUUGGAUGCCGAGAUGGUAUCAUCCGGCUAGCUGGAGGUGAUGACGUACUUAGAGGUCGAGUCGAGAUUUACCAUGACGGUGCUUGGGGUGCGGUAUGUGAUACAAACUGGGACAUACAAGAUGCGACUACUGUAUGUAGGCAGCUUGGUUUCCUAGAGGCAAGUGAGGCAAAGAUUGGAUCAUUUUACGGAGCGACAGAACUUCCUAUUGUAAUGGAUCGAGUUGCUUGUAAAGGGACGGAGCCAUAUCUUUCAAGGUGCUCAUUUCUGUGCAGGGAAAAUAAUCCAUGCACCAGCACUGCUGGAGUAAUCUGCAAACCAAAUGAUGUAAGGCUUGUGGAUGGACCGACCAGGGGAAAGGGUAGAGUGGAGAUCAUUGUGGAUGGUACAUGGGGCGCCAUCUGCGACAAUGAGUGGGACUUGACUGAUGCUGGGGUCGUCUGCAGACAGCUGGGUUAUUCUGGUGCCACGCAUGCUGAGGUGGGUGCUUUCUUCGGUCAAGGCAGUGGUCCUAACCUCAUGGAUGGGGUUAUCUGUGACGGCUCCGAGGCCAAAAUCACCGACUGUCCAUCGCAUUGCUGGGAUAAACCCAAGUGCACAAACGCAGAAACUGCUGGAGUAAUCUGUGCUAAAGCUUGGCGAGACAGUUUCUACGCUGAGGAAGCCCUGCAGUAG